AAUAGAUUUUCUUUAGUCAUUGGACUAACUUUAUUUUUUAUCUGUAUGCAAAAUUGAUUCCUUGACAGAAAGAAAGAAAACAACAUCUCACAACCAACCACAAAUUCUUGUGAUGGUGGAUUUGCUCGGAUGUUUGAAAAUCGUGUAUUUACGUAAUUCGCUCGCACAGAGACCACAUUUAAAUAGUCAGUGAAAGUUAAAAAUUGAAGUAUCUCUUUUGACGGUCAUUGGACUGCAUAGUUCUCUUAAAAUAUGUUAAAAAACAAUCGUGACGUCACAAUAUAUAUCAGCUGAGGUUCAGUGCGAGGCUUAACGAUAGUGAUCAAUAUAAACAACGAAAGAAAAUGGGAGGUGCGGUAAGCUCAGGACGAGACAAUGAUGAACUCAUUGACAACUUGAUGGGUAGCAAUUAUAUCCGAACAAGGGCUGUGGAGCAGGUUUUCCGGGCGCUGGAUCGUGCCGAUUACAUGACGCGCGAUGCAAGGGACCAGGCGUACAAGGACUUAGCCUGGAGGAGCGGCCUUCUUCACAUGUCCGCUCCUUGUAUCUAUAGUGAAGUAAUGGAAAACCUGGAGCUGAAGCCAGGACUAACGUUCCUGAAUGUGGGGUCCGGAACGGGUUACCUCAGCACGCUGGUGGGGCUCAUCUUGGGUGCGCAGGGCAUCAGCCAUGGGGUGGAGAUCCGCCCCUCGGUCGUGGAGUAUGCCAACAAAAGACUUAGCGAGUUCAUGGAAAACUCUGCUGCUGUGGAUGAGUUCAACUUUUGUGAACCUAAAUUUUAUGUUGGGAACGCGCUGUGCCUGGCGCCGCUGUUGUCACCCUACGACCGCGUGUACUGCGGCGCCGGCUGCCCCGCUGAAUACGAGAACUACUUCAAACAGCUCAUUAAGGUCGGCGGGAUCCUGGUGAUGCCGCUGGAAGACAACCUGGUGCAGGUGCGGCGUGUGAGCGACCACGAGUGGACCUCGCGCACGGUGCUCAAUGUCUCCUUCGCGACGCUCUCCGUGCCCACCAAGCAGGACGCUGCCAACCUCAUCAAAUUGGACGAGCAGACGCCGGUGCGGCUGCAGCAGCUGGCGCGCGCGCGCGUGCGCUCGGCGAUGCGCGCGGCGCUGGGGCGGCGGCACCCGGAGCUGCGCCGGGCGCCGCCGCGCGCUCCGCCCGCCAAGAAGUCCUGUCCGCGCAGGAUCUGCAUUCCCAUCGACGACGAGAGCGACGUCGAGGGUCUGGGCGUCCUCCACGACCUGUACCGCGACACGGGCGCGUCGGAGAUGAACGCGCUGCUGAGUUUCAUGCUGAGCAUGGGCCACAACCGCGUCGCCGGCGCGCUGCGCUUCGACCGCAGCGACACCGACGACGACAGCGACCGCGCCGGCGACGACGACGGCGGAGGUAGUCCCGACGUCGGGCUGGAAGGGUUGCCCCGCGCGGCCGAGCCCUCAGACCACGACUCCAACGACGACGCCGACGAGAGACCGCACCGCUGCGGACUGAUCACGCUCGACUUCCGCGACAUACUGGGCGACGGCGCCGGAGACACUGUGCGGGCCGAGGUCGAGAACGCACGAAACGAGGCUGAAAACGCACGAAAUGAAGCUGAAAGCGCGCGAGAUAUACCAGAAUGCGCACGAGCUGGCUUAGAAAUUGAUAAAAACGAGGUUGGAAACUUACGGAGCCAGACAGAAGACGUAGAACACGAGCUUAAAAACGCACCUGUGGUGGACAAGGAGCGACACGAGCCCGAGAAGCCCCAAGAUGCGAUGGAAACCACAGGAAAUAUGGUCGAAGGCACACAGAGUGAGGUCAAAAUUGGAAAAAAUGCUCUACAAGCUGCGGAGAGAACAAACGCUGAAUCAGAAGCCGGUGGGGCCGUGGCUCCAGGCUCAGGUUCCUCGGAAGUGAGGAGGAGUGAUUCGAGGAAGUCGAGGAAGAGUCCAGGAGAGAAGUCUGAAGAGAGACGGAGGAGGAGCUCGGAGGAGAAGGCGUUCUGGAGCAGCGUGGCGGGGGAGUGCAGCCGCCGGGGCUCCGCCGCCGGCGCGCGGGGACAGGUGCCCGCCGAGGUCGAGAUAUACCUGGGCAAAACGAGUACAGCCGAAGCGGGCCCGUCCAAUUGGGGCAUGGAGUGGGAGGACGGCGCGGCGCUGCAGGGCUCCAGCGACGAGGAGCCGCGGCACAAGGACAGCGGCCUCGGCGAGGAGACCUCCCCGGACAACACCACCCCCACCAAGUCUGAGUCGGAGGAAGAAAAUAGGGAUAGCUUGUCUGAUGACGUGGACGACGUCAGUGACACCGGAGCCGGUCCUCAGUUGUCGUCGCAGUCGUCGGACAGCGACCCGGACGAGCGACAACGGCGCCGCAACAAGCGGCGCGCGGCGUCGGGCGGCGACGCGCGGCGCGUGCGUCUGUCGCUGCUCAUGAAGCAGGGCGUCAAGGAGCUGCCUCUUCCGCCCGCUAUGAAGAAGUACGUCAACUUGCAGCGCUGUUACCAGUUCUAAAUGUCAUUGUCGUUCCCCCUACAGGUAGCUUAGUCGAGAAGCCCCUUCUCCCGGCCACGAUUUUAUUCUUAUUUGUGUGUCGAUGCCAUUUGUCAGCCGGAUCAAGAUGAUCAAAUCAUGUCUUCCCGAAAAUGAGACAUGGUAGCCAUAAAUGAAGUCAUUGGGGUAUCUAAUUUUUAGGAAGACAAGAUUUGACCUGUUCUCGUUGUCAAAUUUCGUCGACACGCAAAUAAAUAGUUACUCCUUGAAGUUUAUUGAUUCCCUUCCCUUCGGGCGUCUCUUCCAGUCUUAUUAUUUUGUGUACGAGAAAACACGCCUAGCGUGUAAUUAAGGCGUGACACGCCAGUUGCGUACUGUUGCGUAAAAUCUUUUACACCAAUCGGCAAAUUCGUGAAAAUUCGGAGAUUAAAUUUUGAAUAACGUCUUCCGGCAAUCAAUGCCUGCGUUUUGAUUGCAAGUUAACAUUAAAGUAUGAUGAAUCCACAAUGCUGAUUUGAAAACGUAUUAAACAGAUUGCGCGCACGCACAUCUUUGUUGAAACGAACGAGUUAACGUUUUGGAAUUAAGAGGUUGUUAUAUGCAUGUUAAACUUAAAAUUUGAGAAUGAUUUGUUGAUAUUGUACGGAAUUGAAAGAUUUUCUUAUGGAGAUAUGUAUGAUUAAUAGCACUUUGUGUAAAAUUGGCCCAAACCUUACACUCUUAUAAAAUACUUAAUCAAUUUUCCUGGUUUCUCCAUGAGUAAAUUUAGUUGCUAAAAAAAAUGCUGAUUUAUGUUAUUUUUCUUAAAAUUUGAGUUGAUAAAGAACUUGUCCAGAAAUUGUAAAACCGAUGUACUUAACCUAGAUACAAUUUUGAGGUUUAUAAUAAAGGACUCAAAAAUAAGGCUCGAGUCUCUAUUGACCCCUCAGUUCUCGCGCGGCCCGAUCGGAUUGCGAUCCUACUGUUGUUAAAUCUUCUUUAUAUGCUCUAACUAGGGUUAACAAAAAUUUGUCGUUUUAUAAAAGGACUUAAAAUGAUUAGAGUUGUUAUUAAAAGGGUAAAAGAUUUUAUACUCGAGCUCUUUGCAAAAUAACUCACACUAAGUCGUGUAUGUCGUAAUGUAUUAAGAGUUCCUUGUGAGAGAAAGAAGCAAUAUUGCUUUAUUUUAUUAUUUUAAAGUUGGUUAUGUUUCACUACUCGUGUGACUUGAGACGGAUAAGGCGAGUCAACUGAGCCCUUCAAGCAUCUAAGUCGUUUGGUCUUAGAAAACUUAAAAGUGUACUACUAAAAUUAGUCUUCAGUCUAUAUACAGUUUUAUGACUCAAGACUAGACAGUCAAAAGUAUAAAUUCAAAUUCAAAUCAUUUAUUCAGAAAUUAGACCUUCACAGGCAUUUUUUCUCGUCAAUUUUUAUAUUUAUAGUUGUUUCUCACAAGCUACAAACUACUGGUUUAUUUCAUUUCUGACUUAACCAUCGCGAUACACCAAUUCAAAGAAAUCAAAUGAUAAUUUUGAACAUAUGUUUUGCGACAUUAUAUUCAAGAUAUUGUUAUGAUUAAAAAAUUCAUGAUAGCAAUUAAGUUUUUAUCUGAAUGCGUGAAUGUAUUCAUAUAUUCUGAGUGAUUGUUACAACCAAUUGUAAUGCCACAUUGGGCUAUAAUACGCCGUAAGGCUGACGCCAGACGACCGAUUUCUUUUUUUGGCAUUUCCGGGCUUCCGACCCACGAAAUAUUAACUGUGCGACGUAAACGGUGCUCGUCUGGCGGCAGCCUUAGGCAAUAUCAUGCAUGACCGUCCUGCCAGGCAGCAAAUGUUGACUUUGAUGACGCGUAAACAUAGUGCGUAUUAUAAAUGGCGGCUCCUCCUGGUCAUGCGCAUGUGCGGUGACCGACGCAGGUUCAAUACGUGCUGUAUUUACGCGUCACGGAGCGGAUCCUAUUAGAUGGCAAAAAAUGCAUUUCCCUUUGUAAGUUUAAUUUAGUUGUCAUAUAUUAUAUACUAAAUUGCACCGCCACUUUUCGAAAAUGUAACGUUCAUUGAAAAGUGAGCUUUAUAGCGUUCUCUCUAGAUAUACUCAAUAAUUACACUAAGUGGUGUAAUAGUGUUCUGCUGAUUUUUCGUUCAUGUAAAGUAUGUCUUUAGCGAACGCUCUAAAGCUCACAUUUUUGUGAACAUAAUUUUUCCGGGUAGGAGUGGUCUUGUUUAUUACUUUAAAUGUUAGCACACUUCAGCACCGCUCCCACUCACAAUGAAAAGUGGGCUUUAAAGCGUUCCCUGUAGACUUACUUUACAGUGACAGCAAAUUAGCCGACUGCUCUCAGUCCGUCAGUUGUUAAUGUAAAAUAUGUCUACGGAGGACGCUUUAAAGCUCAUUUUUCAAAAAAAACUAAAAACUUUACAAGGCGGUCGUGCACAAAGUUGCCAGCGUCUCACUAUGGGUUAAUGAAGCCGAUUCUCGACGUAGCGGCGUGAUUGUAAGACUGCUCGGACUUUGUGUUUCACUCUAACACAAGUCACAUUGUUUAUAAUUAAUAAUUAUUAUCCUUAGGAAACAAAUGUAAAAUAUUUGUCUGUACACGUAGAACUAGAACCGUUAGAUGAGUUAUUAUUCUAUUUAUAUUUUGAUGUAAAUAUAUAAUUUGUUUUUUUUUUCGCUCAUAAUUAUAUGAUUUAUUAUGAAAUA